AUGAAUUUUUCCUCUCAUAGUGCUACUGGCAAAGUUAAUGAGCCAAAUCAGGGUUUCAAAAGUCGCCUAGCGCUUGAUGACAAAGUUUACAAAUCGGCGUCUGAAGCUCUAGAAGCUUACAUCGCUCAAUUUGAAGGAGGCCGAAGCUCUACGACUUAUCGACGGCGUCCUUCCGACCUACUUUCUCCGACGCCGAAAUUUUACUUUAUGGAUGUACAGGAAAGAUACCUAAGAAGUUCUCCUAGUAAAUCGCCAGCGAGAAAAGUGGAUGAACUUUUAGCGUGGGUGAACAAUGCCUAUGCAAAAGACUUAUCUAGUAAAGUAACACCGUUUGGAUACAGAACUACUACAAGAGUGCCUCGAUCUUCAGGUAAGCUGUUCAGUCUCAAUUCACAUCGAGUAAGAUGAGAAAUAUCACUGAUUUUCGGUGGUUGUUCCGAUUCACCGUUACCAACUUUAACUGUUCAUCGGCGAAGUCUGCCUGAAAAAUUGAUUUUACGGUAAAUGAGCAUAAAGUUGUAGGCAGCGGGCGUCCGCGUCCUAGGCAACCUUCUCUUGCCACUCGAUUAUGAAUUCCUACGAGCAGAAUUUAAGAUUUCUGGUAUUUUGAGUCAGUUUAACCAUUCAUUUCCCGCAGCGAUUAGGUUAUAUCUCAAACAUGGAAGAUGUUCAACUGUUCUGGAGAGUGAAAAGUGUAUGAAUUUUAAGAUGUUCUUUUUGGGAUCUUACAAGAUUCUACAACAAAUAUGCGGUUUAUCGUUUGAACGCUUGAGUAAACAGAUAAUGAAGCAGUACAGUCAAAAAUUACUCUCAUGCUGAAGCAAUCGGAGCUAUUCAAGAUUAGAAUAGCGGUAAAAUUAUCACAAGAAUAUGACAAAGAAAAUAAGCCUUAUGGCCUGAACGUCUUCGAUCUCAGGUCAGGUAAUUAAUUAGGUGAAGAUAAAUUAUUAAGCACGGACGCGAACCCAAACAAUGAACCAAAAACAAUUCAAGUCACAUCUCCUUGUAGUUUUGUUUUUGACUUCUAAAUAUUUCAUCGAAGAGUAGUGAAAUAGGUAUACUGUUAGAUCAGGGUAAAUCUGCGUUAUUGGGAUUUGUUACAGGUUUGGAAAUUAUAGUUAGCUGCUUUUAAUUGCUUAGUGGAGAAAUGAUAUGUGCUAAUGAUCGCCGACACUUUUUUUUUUGUAUAUUGGUAUGCGAAUGACAUACUGACCAGACGUGAAAAGAAAAUCUUUUGUUAUAAGAUGUCAAAUUCAGAAUAACAGUUGAGUUACAGUUUAGUUCAGAAUUACAGUUGAGGAUUUUAUUUGUAAAGACUAUCACUGUAUGUGUACACAAAACUUGCACAAAGGUGACGUAAGACGUGUUCUUUUUCUAGCUCUAUCUACAAGCAAGCAGCUAUGUUGUAACAUCCUCCCUUACAGAAUGCGUGUGCACCCUCUCAAUUUCUGUUGCUGUAGCAGUUAGUCAUUAUCUUAUCUUCUUGAUUAAGGGAUGUCCUCAGCAAAAUCAGAAGACAGCCAGAGAAUUUUUGAUGAAAAACUAACAUUUCGACAUACAAUGUGUAAACACACACAGUAGUAGUAUUGAACAAUACCACUUGAAAGAAUCCAUAAUUAGGGUUCCCAGAGAAUCCUUUUGAAACUGCAAGUUCUCUUAAUUUCAGCUUUAGAAGGGGGUGUUGUUUGGUUGUGGAUAUGGUGGUGUAACAGUCAGCAUGCCUUGGAUCAAAAAAACCUGGUUGAUUUUUUUUAUUUUUGGUUUGUGUGUUUUUGUUUUUGCUUUUUUUUUUAACACCCUAUUAAGAAAGUUCAGUUCCAUAUUCUAUUUAGAGCACAUAAUCUAAAGUUAGUGUUUGGUGCGGAGGUAAGGGUCAAUGUCUGUUGUGUCUCUUCUUAUGUCACCAUUACUCUAAGUUUUUUCUCCAUCAUGGAACAUUAGUGGAUCAUGGCCAUCUGUGGGCAAAAUACUAAGAAAUGCUACAAGGUUAACAGUGAGGGACCACUCACUGCCUUGUUGCAUUGUCUGUCGUUAGCUCCUCGGUCAUUUCAAGUUGAACCAUUAAGGCUAUUCAUAAGGUUUUAAAUCUUCUUACCAUCUUCUAUAGCAUACAGUGUGGGAGUGGCCAACACUUGAGAGUGAUUCAGGACAAGGGCAUUUUAGAUGUUCCAAAGAGGCAAAACCCUCUGAUCCUUAGUGCAUUUAAAUUUUCAUGAGAAAAAGCUUUUUUGCUAUUAUAUUGCAUUACCUUUUGCUUUAACAAAGAAACCUAUAGCCUCCUAAUGUGAACCUGAUCCUUGCAGAACUGAUUGUCAUGCAGAUAAAGCUAAAUUAAGUUCUCAGAAAAAACAUGUACCUUGAAUUUCUUUGAGAUACACACCCUCCCCCCUCCCAAAAAAAAAAAGAAAGAAGAAAGAAAAAGAUACAGUAAGGGAAAUUGACAUACAGGACAGCACUGCUUAAAAGUAAGUUGAGAGUCCCUCAUACCCCUAAGGCCUAAUAACCUGGAAUCUCUCUCUGUCAGUCAUUUUCUCUUGCUGUUUCUUGUGGUUUGCCUGUAUUUUAUGAGCCAAUAAUGAAUAAAUGAACCCAUGGCACAAAAAUUGAUCAAAAUUUUUAGAAUUAAAAACAGAAAAUAAGAGAAAAAAUAAGGUGAGGAUGGGAUAAAAAUUGUAAAGCGCAAGAAAAGGAAGGCUGUUUACAACGUGGAAUUCGGAACCAUAUUAGAAACCUGAAGGAAAGACAAAAAGAUGACAUACCCAGGGAUACACAUCAACUUUUAAGAUAGUGGGACCUUUAACAUAUACUUCAACAUAUACAGAGCCUGAGGCAAUGCAAUUAAUUGCACACUUACAAGAAUUUCUAAAAAAUAAAGUUUUAUCUGUUGAAUUAAAAAAUUGAUUUCACUUAAGACCACACCGAGUUUUCAGCCCUUUUAUCCAUGACAAAAGCAAUAUGAUCAAAUGCACCUCACAAAUUUAUGCAUGAAGGAUAUAAUGAUGAUUAUUGCAUUACUGUACAUUAUUUUGUUAUUUUUUAUGGGUGCUUUGUGUACAUCAUUUCUUUUUCAAUUGCAAAACUACACAAAAUAUUCUUCAUCCUAUGUAAAAAUUUGCCAAUUAAAUUUAUGGUUGAACCUGUAUCGAGUGGCACAAUUUUAAGCAAUGACCCUGUAUUAGGCAGUUGGUUGUUGGUGCUGAAAUUUUUUCCCCUUAAUGUGCUGUAGUUUACAACUCUAUUAUGCAAGCACGCUCACCCUUGACUGAGUCCCAACAGCCUUUUUUUAUUGUCUUUCAUCUGUAUUGAACAGGAACAGGAACCACUCAAAUAAAACUUAGUCUAAGUGUCAAGUCAAAUUAUUUCAUGUUUAUAUCCAGAAAUCAAUGUUAGCACUUUAAUUUCAAAUGUCCUCAUUGUGCAGCAGAUUAUCUUUCUUUUUAGGGCUGUUGGGACAAAAGGUUUUUUUUAAAAAUUAUGUUUGACUCCUAAUUUAUGGAACCUGUAACCUGUAUUUAAUGGUCAACCUGUGUAAAGUGGUAAUCCUGCUAUUCCUUGUGGUUUGACUGUAAUUAUAAAGUACUGCAAUGCAUGUAUUUGUAGAGCCUCAGCAAUUGAAGGAAUUUGUCAAUGCUGCAUUAUAGCAUGUGAAAAAAUGUUUGGUGUAUUAUUAAUUGUUUAUCAUUCAUUCCUUGUUAUUUCAUUCAGAUGAAGAAAAUAUGAACCCUCAGCCUGGACCUGGUCACCACUCCUACAUUGGCAAUGAUGAUGAAAUUUCUACUCUCCCUUCCCCUAGUUCAUCAGUAGUUGACCUAGAUAGUAAUGCUGGUACUGUGGAAACAGAGGUUUUGUUAAGCAGUUAUAAAGGAAGUAAAACUGCAGCUCCAGGUACACUAUCAGGUGAAUAAUGCAGAGUUCAAAAUCAUCUUUUCUAUGGGGGGUCAAAUAGCAACUGGGCACCUUUCUUUAGCCACAAAAUGGAAAAAUUUGGUUGUCAAAAAGUUUGAUUUACAAAACGUUUACCUCUCAACCAAAUACAAAAAUGUCAGAUUGCUAAUAUAAUUAUGUUAUAAGAUGAGAGAGUACAGUCAAAUAAAAUUAUUAUUAUUAUAACUAUUAUACAUUGUAUCUUUCAGGAAACCACAAAUGAAAUAUUGAUUUUGGGUUGAGAUGAAAUCAAUUUCUUUAGUGUAGGAUCAGAACAUUGAAAAGAUGGCAAGUCAGCAGGGGGCUGGUGAUUUGCCUGUAAAUUAUACUAGUCACUACUCAAUUUUCAGUUGCAGUUGCAACAAGCUGGUCACAACUUUGCACCUUGAAAUUGUUAUACAAUUUUGUCUAUUCACCAACCAGAUGUACAUGUAUUAAGGCAUUUAUGAUUUUUGUUGAUAAACUCUUAGCUAAACCAUUAAAAUAACAUGCUAUUUGUAGAUGUUCAGCUCACAUGAGAGGAGUCAUGUAGAAACAGAUACUGUGCACCAGAUGACCUUCAAGUGUUUUAAAUUGAUUGCGCACUCUCUUGUAGGGAUAUUGUUUUUGUUAGAAGAGUUCUUCUUAAAAGCUUGAAAAAUGUUACCAUUCUACUCUCUUCAAAAGUAGGAAAAAGGAAAUCAAACUUGCUGCACCAUACACUUUUCUUUAAUAUUAUUGACUCUUAGUGGAUUUCAAUCUUUUCUUUUAUUAGGAUCAUAUUCCAGCAAGGUAUUACCAGUGACAUCUCCAAAAACUGCCUCAUGGAAAACCCAUUCUCAAUCUGGUAAAACAGAAUAUCCCAGUUGGGUUUCCAGCCUAGGGAAGGAGUACCCCAGCUGGGUAGAGGACCUUGAUACCACUACAACAGAGAACAAAGUGAAGUACAGGUAUUUGAUAUCUUAUACGCACUACCUACCUUGCUCUAUGAACUACCUACCUUGCUCUAUGCACUACCUACCUUGCUCUAUGCACUACUUACCUUGCUCUAUGCACUACCUACCUUGCUCUAUGCACUACUUACCUUGCUCUAUGCACUAUCUACCUUGCUCUAUGCACUACUUACCUUGCUCUAUGCACUAUCUACCUUGCUCUAUGCACUACUUACCUUGCUCUAUGCACUAUCUACCUUGCUCUAUGCACUACCUACCUUGCUCUAUGCACUACCUACCUUGCUCUAUGCACUAUCUACCUUGCUCUAUGCACUACCUACCUUGCUCUAUGCACUACCUACCUUGCUCUAUGCACUACCUACCUUGCUCUAUGCACUACCUACCUUGCUCUAUGCACUACUUACCUUGCUCUAUGCACUAUCUACCUUGCUCUAUGCACUACUUACCUUGCUCUAUGCACUAUCUACCUUGCUCUAUGCACUACUUACCUUGCUCUAUGCACUAUCUACCUUGCUCUAUGCACUACCUACUUUGCUCUAUGCACUAUCUACCUUGCUCUAUGCACUACCUACCUUGCUCUAUGCACUACCUACCUUGCUCUAUGCACUACCUACCUUGCUCUAUGCACUACCUACCUUGCUCUAUGCACUACCUACCUUGCUCUAUGCACUACCUACCUUGCUCUAUGCACUACCUACCUUGCUCUAUGCACUACUUACCUUGCUCUAUGCACUAUCUACCUUGCUCUAUGCACUACCUACAGUACUUUGCUCUAAGCACUGCCUUCCUUGCUCAGUAUUUUCACGCAUGAACAUUCAAUUUGUUCAUAGACUUGGGAAGAUUGCAAAAAUGUGUAGAUGGGGUCACUAGUUACACAACGUUCAUGUACACGCACAUUCUCCUGACAAAUGUUCAUCUUGCAGACCUACAGAAUUGAUUUUCCCUUUCUGCUCUUUUUACGGAUUUAUUUUGUAUAGCUUUUUAUUAAGAAUAGAAAUUUCUCCUGUUUCCAGAUCGUGAUUUUUUUAAUGAGCAAUUUAUGAAUUGAAAGAUAGAUUGUGUUCCCAUGGUAAUCAAAUAUAUUAACAUGGCGUUUGGCUUUCUAUUGAGGCCUUUAUCUCCGAUGAUAUGAUUGGAAAAAAAUUUUUUGGUUUCGAAUUUUGUCUGCAGCAACUGAAAAGCUCACAAAGAGAACUUACACGAGCUUAACAGGGUAAUUAAGUAUUAUUGACUGAGCUGAUAAGGUAAAUUGGCCACCGUAAAGAGUUUUAAAGCUGACGUUUCAGCUUUAAAAGUCUUAUCGGAAGCCAAUUUACGUUAUCAACUCCGUUGAUGAUACUUAACAACACAGUUAUACUCUCCCACCGACGCUGCCCCACAGUUUCUUUAGAAACUUACCCCUUUUACACGAGCUUAGUUUACUGCAUUUGUAUCGCGUACGUUUACAACUCGUUAAGAAUUAAUUGAAGUCCUCUUGCCCCAAUUUUUUUCUUUAACCUUAUGGUCGGUUAGAUUUAUCGUUUGCCCUUGUUGUAUGAUAAUUUGUUUUAGCCCUGACGAGAAAUACUCCUCCAGCACCUCCUCUCCAUCAGGAACAUUUGUGAGAAAAAAACCGUUUGGACGUUCAUCACAGUCCAAAUCAGCUCUUAAAUUAUCAGAUCUACAGUGUAGCAGACUCAAAGACCCAUCAAGAGUAAAUAAAGCAGAGAGUAAUAUAAACGGAACUGACUGGAACGAUGGAGCAAGUACUGACACAGACAUGCUGCUUUCUCAGUCAGUGUAUGGACCGAACCCGGUCAAUAUGGGCGGAAACUUCCACAGCUCAUUAUACCAAGACAAAAAGGUUGCGCGACUGAAAAAAGAAUCCACGAAAAAGCUCAGAAAAAGCACUGGGAAGAUUAAAUCCAGAGAACAGUCAACAGUAUCUCCAAGGAGGUCGAAAAGUCUGACUCUUUCACCUACAAAGUCUCUACGCUUUUCUGCGAGCAAUGAAUAUUCAGAAGGUAAAGAAGGCACUCUUCUUAGAAUGGCUGUCCCGAGGGAUUCCUCACCAGGCAGGAGUCCCUUCACCUCUCUACCGUCAAGAUACAGCAUACCUCUACAGAAUGAGAGAUAUGCGGGCUCAUCUGCAGAGUCUGCACUUCACAGUACCUCACCAAAAAUGACACGGAAGUACGUAUCGCCGCCUGUUGUGACACGGUAUUCAAAGCUGCCUGUCAAAAAAGAGGAAGUAACGUUACCAUUAACGGCAAGGAGAGAGCCUUCUACUAGCCCUAGCUCUGCAACAUCUCUAUCGCGUGUGAGAAUCCCACUGAAGACAGACUCUCCAUCCAGAAAUGAGGAAAGCGAUGUAGAAUCUGAGGACACGGACAGGGAGAUGCGUAAAUCACCAACAGGAAUUAAAAUGGAAAAGAUGUACAGAGAUCCUAAUACUAUGUAUCCUUGGAAAACGAUGAUUCAGAGUUCUAAAUCUCGAGACAGUGCCGCGGCUGAUCCAAAGCCACAGUAUUAUUCUACACCCAAAAUCUCAACAGGCAGGAAUCUUCAAAAGCCAUUUGGCUCUUCACUUAAGCAUCCAUAUUCUAGCAGAACUUCUUAUGGUGGCCUGCGUGGCGACCAAAGAGUGGUGUUUUCUGAACCCAGUGGGCAGCGAGAUGGAAGGGAAGCUAGAGCGCAGGAGGAGUACAAAUCGCCUAAUAAACCUGUUUUCGCUGGUUCAAGUUACCGGUCUAGAGAUGAGAAGCUUGCAAAGUCUGCUCCUGAUACAAGAUACCGCAAGCCCCCUAUUCCUACCAGGAGUAGUGGAGGGAAGUUGAGCCACCGACGAAGCAAAACUGUUCCAGAUUUACGACGGGUUGCCAUGAGGUCAGCUUCAAGGCCAAGAAGUUCACGUCGUAGUCUUGAUGAUGACGUUGUCAGUGUAAAUACAGUGGACACUGAGACGCUUAUCACCCACCCACCCAUGCCUCUGUUUGAUGUUAGUCCUUCACUUACUACUGUCUCAGACAGUGACACAUUAGUCGAGUCUGAAACAGAGACAGACACACACAUGGGUGUUGUCGAAAGGAGUCAAAUGAGCCUACCUCAUAUUGCUGAUGUGUCUGACAAGUUUUCCCCAACAAGUGUGUUUGCUUCGACAAAUCCUCAUGCUGCAGUAAGAGAAGAACUCCCUCAAAGAUUUCACUUAUGGAAGCUGUAAGUUUUGUUUCUGCCAUUUUUGUAUGCAUGGGUUUGAAAAAAGGCCUCAGGUAGUGAUCAUACAUGUACUUUAAAUGCUCCCUACUCGUAGACAAGUAGCAACAAAUCAGGCAUAUAUAAAUAUCUUAUGAAGAAGUUGGCUGUUUAGUUCUGAACGCUAAGGUGAUGAGCAAGUAAAUUUUGGGCCCUAAUUAUCUACCAUCUUUGAAUUGUAUGUAAGGAUUCAUGAUCAACACUACCUUUAUAUGUAAUAUUAUGUGUGUUGAAUCCUGCACAGAGAUGAAGACAUCAAAACUCCAGACAGUUUCAUAACAAGGCGCUUUACAAAUCCGAAGUCUGGAAUCAUUUCGUCAUUUCUUGACGACUGUUUGAGCGUUGAUAGCGAAGACAAAACAAUGAAAGUGAGUUUACAAACCCUAAUUCGACCUACAAAUGUACUUACAUGUGGCCUGUGUGUGGAGCCUGCGUGCGCAGCCGCGGAAACAAGCAGAGGAUGGAGGGUAGAAGUUUGUCUUCUAACAGCUUUGGAGCCUUCCAUUUUGUCGUAGAGAUGACUGGGUAAUCAUCUGAGUAAAGAUUCUCGAAUAGCAAAUUACAGGAAUUAUGAGUUGCAUGUACCUGGCCUAGGAAGGACGCUGAAUUAAAAUCAGUUUUUUCUACGAGUGAUGAACUACAGGUGCAUUUAUGUUCAGCUUUGUGAGAAAUCCGGUGACCAUGCGAUUGUCCUUAACAGUAAUUCUUAACUAACUUAGUUAAUAUGUGUGUGCGUGUGUGUGUGUGUACGUGUGCGCGGUCAAAGUUAAUUACCAUAAGUCCAUAUUGUAAUUCUAAUAUAAGAUUAGUUAUUUUAAGUGAGAAAGCCUGACUUGUUAUAAGCCUCGUGGUUUCUUUCAGGUUUUCUCGCCAUUUAUUUUCUGUCAUCAAUUUUCUUCAUUUUUUUUUUUCCAUGUGUAAAUGUCGUAUAUGGCAAAUAAAUAUUGUAUAUUGUAUUGUUGUCCUUUUUGAAAAUCCUUUCAGGAACCGAACGGUACUUCUACCAGUGCUGGGGGUGCUAUGAGACUCAGUGGAAAGGAAGCUGCCCCAGGCCCAGUGGAAGCCUUAAAACAAAUGCUUUUUACCAUGCAGGACAUGGCGCAUCACGAAACACUCAAUAAUGAAGAUUCAAGCUAUUAUAAGGUAACCUUAUAAAGAGAUGUGGGAACAUAGGGUAAUGGUACUAGUGCAAGGGUUUUGUGCACUGCAGUUUAAGAUUUUAAGUUACUAGAUGUUGCUGACAAGUAACUGGUGUUGUUCGUUAUCGACAUGAGAGUCGAUCUGUACACAGGCGGUCUAAGCUCCAGCUGUGAGAUGAUCAUCUUGCGAAAUAAGAGUCAUGGUGAAAUUAUAAGAGUUUGUAUGGGAAUAUUUACGACCGCUCUUAGGAAUUAAAAAAAAAUAAGUCAAAUCCUCAAUGAAAUUACCUCAUCUUACUUUCAUAGUGCAUCGCUUGUUAUCUGACCGCUUACUAUGUUAAAAAGAACCCAUUUUAGCGAGAUAUCCAUUUCUAGGUUUACUACAUAAGAGAAGCCAAAGUCUGCACACGCCCGAUCCGAGAAGCGAAAAAUCCAAGCUCAAAAUGACUGGGCAGCCACAAUCCAACGCAGAAUCCAAGCAAAUAUACUGCAGUUUCAUUUCAAUUCACUACAAACUCAAUCUUCCUGGUGAAAAACGACGCUAAUUUUGUUUCAGUUUGCUUCAAAAGUUUCCAGUUUAGACGUUUUUAACGGCUCGCUUACACACGACCGUUGAAACCAGCUUGGUAACCCUGCCUCCUUUGCAAACUGUGCCUCGCCGGGGACCACGCCGUCACGGGUGCUAAGUGAUAUGAUUCAAGUAACGCUAAAUCGACGAUUAUCGCAGAUUGAGAGAGUUAUCACUAAAUUACCAAAUACGAAACAAAAGGAGCUGAAACAAAGAAACUUGACGGAAUAUAAACGGAGAGGUUGCAAACAUUUGCUCCAUGUUCUCUUGUAGCGUUCGUUCGCUACUGUUUUUGGUUUAAGACUUUCAACUGUUCUAGUAGGCUCAAGACUGAUGUUCACUUUUUUUCAUAGAGCCCCUCCAGUAUGGAUUUCAAGUCCAAAGUUAUAAAAGAUUCUCUAUCUUCAGGUAAUGUUGAUCCCGUUCAAUAAAGACCCAGUUAUGAUCUCAUUAGAGAGUAUUCAAACGAUUGUUUCAUGAAGGUGAACACUUAAGCCUAAACGUGCACGUAUAGAGUGCUUGUGGAGGCACAAGGAUCGUGGUGAAAUUAUCCAAAGUUUAUGUGCGUUGCAAAGAACUCUGUCUUUCGACUUGACCUUUAUCUUGACAAUUUCUGGUGGGUUGCUAUUUUUACAGAUGACCAAAGUGAAAGAGAUGCUGACAUAAUGCGCGGGGAGGUAUCUUUACAAAGGUAUGUUAAAAAAGUCUCUCAUUCACUCAUCUCGUUCAUUCAGCUUCCUCAUAACUUGCAAGUCUCUUCAUUUGCGCUGAAAAGCUUUUUGGGAUGGCUAAUAUGUGCUCCCAGUUAAAGGAAGUUUUCGCGAAACGUUGAUUUCGCGAACUUCGUGAUUAAAAAGAAAGUCGCACACUUUAAUCAGUUGACGUGAAUUGUCUUGUAAACACCUUUACGGAAACAUUAAGCGAUUCAACUGUAAAGGAAUGGGUCAAUUACCGUCUAUUGAUCCAUAAUAAAACCAUUCAUACGGAAACAUUAAGCGAUUCAACUGUAAAGGAAUGGGUCAAUUACCGUCUAUUGAUCCAUAAUAAAACCAUUCAUAAACAUCAUCAGUAUAUGUCUCCAAAGGACUUUUUUCCUUGAGAGCCCAUAGUAAGGAAUUUUUCAAUUUAAAUGCAUACCUCCGUCAUAUGUCGUAAGACCACUAGUUCACGUGUGAGCAUAAACUACUUGCAGUUUAUGUGAAACUGCUUUGUUGUUGCGGUCGACGUAUUCUCUUGCAGCUGCGUUUUCGUCUUUGAUAUCGAUUGUCUAUCGAUCGUUUUCUCGUUUUUCGUGCCAAGAGGAUUCGAAUGUGCUACGUGUGGAAAAAUCUCCGGAUGUGUGUUUGUACAAGGAGCCUAAUGCUUACAACGAUGCAAGACAAAAUAUGUAGAAAACGAAAAUGAAUUACAGCAUUGAGUAAGAAAUUUUAGUGAAGCGCCGUGUAACUGGCUAUCCACCUUAAAACAUUGGAAUUGUCAUGCGAAUCAAAGUUUUUACUUAAUGUGCUACUUGGCGUUGGUAAGAAAACGUUAGUUUUGUUCAGUUUUUUAUCACUGUCCAACCUCCACAGGGCCUAUCAUCAUCUGGAAAGACUCAAGAGGCUUGUGGGAAAGGAAGAUGAUCGUUCGUCAAUUAGCUCCGCUAAUUAGAUGGCAGGCAUCUUGGAAUUUCAAUGCUUUUAUUGAAGAUCAUUCAACUAUAUCACUCAUUAGACAUUUUUAAUCACCAUUCUUUGUUUUCGUUUUGACAUUUCUGUAAGUUAUUACAACUGUCAUAGUGUCAAGCUCUGUUCGACAUUCAUUUGCUCUAAAAGAAUCGAAUGAACUUGCGAGUUGUUAUGUCUAAGUAUUUAUAGCUUGAUUUUUAAUGAAAAUUUCAUGCUUUUUAUCGCACUAUUGUGCGCUAUUUUAUUGGUUUGCGCUUUGUUAUUUUUUUUUAUCAAAUACAAAACUUGUUUUGAACGCAUGUGAGCCACCUUGAACCAAAUUAAAUCCAAUUUACCUAAAAUGUCAUAGAUAACGUGUGAACGUGGCAAUUUUCAUCAACUGGAAAGUUGAAAGCUACAUAAUCUACGCAUGCGCACAAAAAUUACAGCUUUUUUUUUUCCACACCACCCGUUUUUGGGGAAGGUGAAGAGUGACACACCGAAAAGAUGAAAAGAUAAUGUAAGAUCGAUAGUCAAAUUGUGGAAAUCCUGAAAAAAGAUCAAACUCUUGUAUAGUUGUUUUUCAAAACUCCAGUGAGAAGUCAGGUUUGUUGAAGAAGAUUAGAUGAACCCACUACACACUUUGUUUUAACAGGCUGGAAGAACUGAGGUUUCAGUCAAUGCUCGGGUUCUCUUCUGUAAACCUUAAUUUGCAGUGAAGGGUCGGGUUCCUUGGAGACAUUUUAGACCUGACGUCCACCUUAUCAUAAUCAUUAACUGAUAUCUCUUAAUUACGCUACGGGAAUCAGAUCAGGGAACAGAUUUUGUCAACACAACACCAAAAUAAACACGGACUUAUUAAAUGAUAUUUUGAUUAAAAAAAAGAUUUUAAGAAAGUGAUUUUACUGAAAUAUUUUUCAUAGGCUUUAUAGAAGUUAUAGGGUUAAAUAUAUAUAGGGAUAUUUAUAUAUUAGCUUAUACUUAUUGCAAAUUUAUUAUGCGACUUGGUG